AAUAAAAUAUCUGAAAAUGUCCAAAAUUAAUUAUAACUCAGAGAAAAACUCACCGACCUCACGAUCACCGCAAGAACGCAAAGAAAUUUUAAGGAAAAUUAUAACUAGAGCUCAAUCUUUACAGAACACAAUCAAUGAUGACACUAUACAAACUUUGGAACUAUGUAUGGAACAAACAGACAGUAUAAACUCAGAAACAAGUUUAGAAGAAAAGGUGCAUAAUCAAGAAGAAGUAUUAAUGGAUUCAGAAAUGAUGAAUAUAUCAUCUAGAGUUUUAAAACACUGUACAAAGUCCUUAACGAAACUUGUAUGUGCAUAUAACCAUGUAGAAUUUGCCCAGAAAUUAGUAAAGUAUAUAAAGGAACUUCCAGAUGUUGAACCAGAAACACCAGAUUGGUCACUUUUGGAAUCACAAGUUACAAAAUGUUUUAAAAGGACACCUCAGUAUAGCACAUUAUUAGGCACUUUGGCACCUUUAGAAAAAAAAGAAGUUAACAGGAAAAAGCCAGUAGUUCGAGAAGCUCAAGUACAAAUAAAACGACCAGAUAACAUUGUAACGGCUGAAAAGGAAGAAGAAAGUCUUGAAGAAACUGUAAAAAUAAACAAAUUUAUCUCUAAAUAUUAUAAAACUCAUCACAAACCACUUGAUUUUUUUAAAUUAAUUUUACAUCCAAAUGAUUUUGGAAAAACAAUUCAAAAUAUUUUACAAAUAUCUUUUCUUGUUCGAGAUGGAAAAGUAAAAGUAUCAAAAGAUGCAUCUGGAAUACUUGUUGUUCAACCAUGUACUAAAGAUAUGAUAGCUCAAUUAAAGGCAGGAAAAACUUCAAAUGUUCAAAAUGUAAUAUAUUUAAACAUGGAACAAUGGAAGAUUUUGAAGAAUAUUUAUCAACUAGAAAAACCAAUGAUUGAAUGUGAUACUGAAAUAUUACAUGUGAUAUAA